GAGGCGCCGGCGGCCGGGAAGGGACUAGGGAAGCGAAGCGAAAUCCGAGGUUUCACUCGCACUGGCCCGACCUUCACCGAGAGUCACUUUAUCGCUGUUCUUCCUCCGUGGCUGCGUCUGCGGGCCCCCUGGUCGCUUCUCUCUGAGUCUGUCACCCCGUCUCUCUGGGUCUGUUCCCGUCCUUUUUGCGUCCUCCGCUUCCACUCUGUCCCCUCCGCCCCAAGUCUGUCCUCCACCUCGUGGAUCUGUCCUUCUUCUCUGGGAGUCUGUCCCCCACCAAGCCUGUCCCUUCUCUCUGAAUGUGGCCCCAGCCCCUCUCUCUGGGUCUGUCCCUACCCAGUCUGUCCCUUUCCUCUCUGCGUCUGUCCCAUGUCCCCGUCGCCCCCAGGCUGUCUCCCACUGUCUGGUCUGUCCUUCCUCUUUGGGGUUGAGUCUUUUCUCUUUCAGGGUAUCCGUCCUGUUCCCAAUCUAGGUCCUCCCCACAUCUGCUCUCUUGGCCUCUGUCUCCCUCCCGCAGAGAGCCAUCUCUCGCUCCUGUACCACCUCACUGCCGUGUCCUCUCCUGCCCCUGGGGCCCCUGCCUUCUGGGUGUCCGGCUGGCUGGGUCCCCAGCAGUACCUGAGCUACAAUAACCUGCGGGCCGAGGCCGAGCCAUGUGGGGCUUGGGUCUGGGAAAACCAGGUCUCCUGGUAUUGGGAGAAAGAGACGACCGACCUGCGGAGCAAGCAGGAGCUGUUUCUUGAAGGUCUCAAAGCCUUGGGGAAAGGAGGACCCUACACCCUGCAGGGCCUGCUGGGCUGUGAGUUGGGCCCCGACAACGCCUCGGUGCCCGUGGCCAAGUUUGCUCUGAACGGUGAGGAUUUCAUGACUUUCGACCCUAAGCUGGGCACCUGGGAUGGGGACUGGCCCGAGACUGAGACCAUCCAGAAGACGUGGACGCAGCACACAGGAGCGGUCAGCAAGGAGAAGACCUUCCUGCUCAACUCCUGCCCCCAGCGGCUGCUGGGCCAUCUGGAGAGGGGCCGUGGGAACCUGGAGUGGAAGGAGCCGCCCUCCAUGCGCCUGAAGGCCCGACCUGGGAGCCCUGGCUUUUCGGUGCUCACCUGCAGUGCCUUCUCCUUCUAUCCCCCGGAGCUACAACUGCGGUUCCUCCGGAACGGGCUGGCUGUGGGCUCCGGAGAAGGUGACUUUGGCCCCAAUGGCGACGGCUCCUUCCAUGCCUGGUCUUCAUUGACGGUCAAAAGUGGCGACGAGCACCACUACCGCUGUGUGGUGCAGCAUGCUGGGCUGCCGCAGCCCCUCACAGUGGAGCUGGAAUCACCAGCCAGAUCCUCAGUGCCCGUGAUCGGAAUCGUUGUUGGCUUCUUACUGCUCACGGCAGUGGCCGCAGGAGGAGCUCUGCUGUGGAGGAGGAUGAGAAAGGGGCUUCCAGCCCCUUGGAUGUCUCUCCGUGGGGACGAGGAUGUCGGGGCCCUCCUGCCCGCUCCCGGCGUGCCCAAGGAUGCCGACUCGUAGCACGUAAAUUCAUUCUCAGUUGCUGAUAUCACCCUCCAUCCUGGCUACCACCAGCUAAUGUAGUCAGGCCCCCUUCAUGCUGUGAGACCUCCUGGAAUCCUGGUAUUUCUGAGCCUCCAGAAAGAGUCCUGGGCCCAAUGAUUUUCUGGAUUUCUCCUCUUGUGUGAUCUGCCUCAGUUUCCCCUCCUGAUGAUCAUGGCUCUUUUCCACCUCCACAUAUAAACAUGAGUUUGGGCCCGAA